AUGAUCAAAAACAUCUUCCCUUUAUCUAUACCUCAAACAAUAUCUCCGUUUUCCAAACCCAAUCUGGCAGUUCGUACUUAUUCCAUUUUAACUUCCAAUCAAUUUAAUAAUGCAAAAUGGAUGUAUAAUGACUUACUUAUAUCGAAAGGUGAUCAUAUAUCAUGUCGUCAAGGGAGCCGCUACGACAGGGAUAUUUCCAAGACUAAUUUAAGUCGAAACCUCUCAAUUUCAACUCAGAAAUCACAAUAUCACACAAAUCAUUCCAUAUUAAGUAGACUGUCUAUUUUAAGUUUAACUGCUAAACAGGAUAGCAUAUUACUACUUAAAACCAAACCCUUCAAUUGCAAUAAAGUCGCAUUAAGGUUUAACUCCACUACAAAUACUACCGAUACCAUUCCGCCUCACACGGAAUCUACCGAGUCUACAAAAGCAUCCACAGAACCCAAUGAAAUAGAGCCUGAUCAAGGGGAAUCGAAUUUUAAAGAUGUAUUCCGACUAUUCCUCCUGGUGAAAAAGGAUUAUAAAUUAUUAAUCGUGUCAUUGACCCUCCUUACAAUAUCAUGUACCAUAGGCAUGAUGAUCCCCAAGAUAAUUGGGUUGAUAUUAGAUGCUUUGAAGUCAGUAGCUACAACACCAGAUGGUGGUUCGUCUCCUCCUCCAACAAUAAUGUUCGGUUUAACACUGUAUGAAUUCUUAGGAGGCUUUUCUGUUGCAUUAUUUAUUGGAUGCGCAGCUAACUAUGGAAGGCUGAUCUUGUUAAGAAUUUUAAGUGAAAGGUUGGUGGCUAGAUUACGCUCUGUAGUGAUGAAACAUACGUUACAUCAAGAUUCUGAAUUCUUUGACGUUCAUAAAGUUGGUGACUUGAUAUCAAGGUUAGGCGCUGAUUCGUAUAUAGUGUCGAGGUCUAUUACUCAGAAGAUUUCUGAUGGUGUUAAGAGUCUUAUUUGUGGUGGUGUCGGGAUAGGAAUGAUGUUAGAACUUUCAAUGGAUUUAUCAUCCGUUUUAGUUUGUUUUGUUAUACCUGUUGUAUUAAGUGCAUCGAUCUUUGGGAAACAAAUUAGAAUAAAUUCAAGAGAAUUACAAGAUGCAACAGGUCAACUUACCAGGGUUUCUGAAGAACAGCUGAAUGGUGUUAGAACAGUUCAAUCAUUUGUAGCGGAACAAAGAGAAAUAAAACGAUUCAAUCACUCGAUUAGGGAAAUUUUUGACGUUGGUAAGAGAGCUGCGUUCAUUAACGCGAAAUUCUUCACGUCUACAAGUCUUGUUGGUGAUCUAAGUUUUUUAACUGUGUUAGUCUAUGGUUCUUACUUAGUGUUACAUGGUUCUUUGACAAUUGGUGACCUAACUGCCUUUAUGUUAUAUACAGAAUAUACGGGGAAUGCUAUAUUUGGUUUAUCUACGUUCUAUUCUGAAAUCAUGCAAGGUGCAGGUGCUGCAUCAAGAUUAUUUGAAUUAACUGAUCGUGUACCAACUAUAAGACCUACUUUAGGGAAAACAUAUACUCCAGGGAAAGGUGAAAUUGAAUUUAAAAAUGUAUCAUUUGCAUAUCCAACUAGACCAAGUAAUCAAAUUUUCAAAAGUUUGAAUUUCAAAAUAAAACCAGGUUCAAACGUUUGUAUUGUAGGACCUUCAGGGAAGGGGAAGUCGACAAUAGCUUUAUUGUUAUUACAUUACUAUAACCCAACAAGUGGUCAGAUAUUGAUUGAUGGUCAAGAUAUCACGAAGUUAAACAGCAAAUCACUAAGAAGACAAAUAGCUGUAGUUCAACAAGAACCUGUACUGAUGUCAGGUACCAUUAGAGACAAUAUUACGUACGGUCUGACUGAAGAACCAACAAAAGAAGAAAUUAGAACUGUAGCAAAACAAUGUUUUUGCCAUAACUUCAUUGUGAAAUUCCCUUAUACGUAUGAUACAUACAUUGGACCCCAUGGUACUUUAUUGAGUGGUGGUCAAAAGCAACGUAUAGCGAUUGCUAGAGCACUAAUCAAGAAACCAAAUAUUUUGAUCCUGGAUGAGGCCACUUCUGCCUUGGAUGUAGAAAGUGAAGGUGCAAUUAACUACACAUUUGGCCAGUUAAUGAAAAGUAAAUCAAUGACUAUUGUCAGCAUUGCCCAUAGAUUAAGUACCAUUAGGAGGUCUGAAAAUAUUAUUGUUCUCGGUAAUGAUGGAUCUGUGGUUGAGAUGGGUAAAUUUAAGGAACUGUUUGCUGACCCGACUAGUGAGCUAUCCAAACUAUUAAAUGAAAAAUCAAGUAGAAAGAAAGUUGUUACCAAGACAGUCCCGCCUGUGUCUUCCACAUCAGUCUCCUCUGCUAAUGGUUCAAGUAUUCACCACGAAGGGACAAUACUAGAAGAGGACCAUGCACAAGAGGAUCACGAGUCGGAAGCACCCCCAACCAUAAUAACGACUCAACAACUUGAAGACUCAAUUGAAUCCGUCCUCAAUGAUGUUUCAGCGGAAAGCAAACCAAUUAAACUCUCUCCUAAGGACCCGCUCUGA